UCGGGUCCUUUUGCCCGUCCUCCUGCGUGUUUCUCCGCCCCCUGCUGCAUAAAGAACCGAGCGUUGAUCUCCCAUCGGGUCAUCGUGUUCUGACGGACCUGGUCCGGUUCCGGUAGUUCUGUGUGUGGUGUCCGGUUCCUGUAAACCCGGUGGGUUCGUUUUCAAACUGAACCCCGCUGAGAUGGUUCGUGGGUCGGGAUGAGUCUCCGAGCAGCAAGUUCUGAAGCCCCCUCUCCCGGUGUCCCGGGAUGCCCCCCCUCCUCGGAGCUGCCCGCGGACCGUGUGCUGAGCUCCGGAGCUGUGCUGUUCCCCGGUGUUUUUGACCAACAUGGCUGCCCUCUGGUCCUGUUUCCGGUGGAGUCUCAGGACAAACUCUCUCAGCUCAGCCAGGGAGAGGUUGUGGACUUCAUACAAUACUUCCUGUGUGUGCACAGCAGCAGGAAGCAGGAGAAGCAGAGUCUGGUGUCGGUGGUGGCUGAUCUGAGGGAUGCACCUCCUCCUACAGCCAGGUUCAUCGCUGAGGUGCUGCUCCAGCUCCAGCAGCGGCUGGCAGCGGUCCACAGCGCCUACAUCCUCCAGCCCAGGAAGAAGGCAGCCGUCAGGUUGGUGCAGAGACUCCUGGCUCCGUCCAAACCAUCCCGUCCGACCGCCUUCAGGAAAAUCCUGCUGAAGGAAGUCUCUGAGCUCUCCAACUACAUCGACCGGAGCCAGCUGCCGGCCUCCCUGGGCGGAUACUUUCUGUACUGUCACAAGAGCUGGGUUGGCUUUGUUAAGGAGGUCCACGCGUUCCUCCAGGAGUUCCUGUCUGUUCUCCAGCGUCUGCCCUCGUGCAUCUCCACGCUGCAGGCUCUGUCCAGGCUGCCUCUGCCCUCCAGCCUGAGCCUGCUCCAGAACUUCUGCAGCACAAAUGAAGCCACGUUCCUGCACCUGAGAAGGGAGCUUGGUCUGGACGAGCUGCUGAGACAUUGUGAGGUUGUGGUGGACAAGCUGCGGUUCCCUGAGAAGGAUCCCUGCUUUCAGGCCAUGGCGGGGACAGCGCUCUUCACCCACACGGCCUUCGACAUGCUCCAGAACCACAGCAGGAUAACUGCAGCUGUGGAAAGAGUGGAGCUUCUGUGGCGGCAAGCCUCCUCCAGGGCCCAGCUGCACCUUCAGCUGGUCCAGUUUCGCAGUGAGGCUCUGCAGAUAACUGAGAAGAUCGCAGCUCUUCAAGAGAAGCUGCAGCUCUACACAGCGGAGAUCGACGGGAGGUCAGCCAAGGGAGUGGCGUCGCUGUCCGAGUUUGAGACCAACGUUUACUCUCCUGCCAUGGUGCUCAUCCAUCACUGUGAGGAAGUGAUCCACACCUUAGAGGAGACCCUGCCUCUGGAGGCCCAGACCAGAGAGUCGUGGGUUCAGGACCUGGAGAGGCUGAAGGACAACCUCCAUUUAGACGUGACGCUUGUUCUCCAGACCCUCAGAGCUGUUUCAGACUAUCACCACUACUACAACAAGGCCAACAGCUGGUGCAGGCUGGUCCUCUCGGAGGACUUCCUCCAGGAGCUGCUCUCAGCGGCUCACAGGGACCACCUUUCCUCUGAGCAGCAGACGGUGUGGAGACGAGAGUUGUCCACCUUCCUGAAGAAGAAUCCCGCCCCGGACAUGGAGGAGCUGGUUCAUCUGGUCCACCUGUCCAGCGCCAUCCCAGACGAGCAGCUGCGGCAGGCAGGGAGGCGCAUUUAUCACAGGUGCGUGGUUCUGAGGAAGCUGCUGAUCUCCUCUGGACCCGUGUUGGUGGACCAGCUCCAGCUGGCCUUGCAGUGGCAGACUGAGUUGAUGCAUGGAGGUCAUGUGACCUGGCCCUCUGAGGCUGCAGAUGUUCAUUGCAGCUCUGCAGAGGCUCCCUCACCUGCAGGUUCUGGCUCGGUGUCAGUAGACCAGAAACCCCGCCCCCUCGAGCCGCUGGACUCUGGCUUUAAUGGUGGUGGGUGGGCCCAGCUGGAGGUUGCUCCACAGAGAUCAGCUGAAGCUGAAGGCUCUGUGAGAUGUACGCUAAAGCAGCUUCACCGUCAUGAGGAGGGUGUCUCUGGUGGUCCGGAUCACGUGGGGGGAGUGGGUCCAGGUUCUGAGGGGAACUCCUGUGGAGAAAGCAUCCCGAUCCUGCCUGAAGUGGAGGCAGAGGUCCUGAAGCUCUCAGCUGCAGCAGCCUGUAACCCCUGGCUCAGCCGACCAGUAGAUGGGUUGGAGAGCCCAGACACCGUCACUCAGAGAGACCAUCUGGGUCCCCGGACCUCUGCAGCCCGGCGCACACGGAUGGAGGUGAUGACCUGCACAGCAUCCACGAACCCACAGAGCGGAGACGGGGACUUGGACAGCGACUUCAGCGAUCCUGAACCGGGAUCAGCUGAUGAUAUUCUCUCCAGCUCCACGGCUGAUAGAAGAGACGCUGCCUCCCGGAGCACGGAGGUGGUUCCGACGCUCCUCUGGGAUUCUCACCCCCAUCCUGAGACGAGCAACACUGCUUACAGUGGGACGGACGUCUCUCUGACUCAGUGGGAGGAGGAGGAGCAGGAGAGUCUGAGACAGGUGGAGAAGAUCCUGGACCGGGCUGGAGGGAUACUGCAGGAGGAGGAAAAUGUCCUUGCUCAGGAGAAGGAGCUGGAUGUCCUGCUGGAGGAGGAGGACAGGAGGGAGGUCUGGUGGUGGGACGGGAAGGACAAGCCCGGAAUGAGGUCCAGUGAGCCGGCUGAAGCUGGAGAACCCCAGAGCUCCUCUGAGCUCGAAUCAGAUGAAUCCUCCAGUGAAGGUGAAUGGAGUUCAGGUGAGCUCCUCUCCAGUGCUCCCGAGGGACCAGAUCUGAACCGACUAGGGCUGAAGGACCUCAACAGCAGAUCCAGAUGUUCUGAUCCACGUCUGAUCAGAGACGGGGAGGCUUUCCGGCUCCAACUGGAGAAGGAGAGACGAGAGGUGGAGGCGCUGGAGAAGAGUUUGUACAAGGAGCAGGAACCCACAGAGACGCCGAGAGAUGGGGAGGACGCUGCACCGUCUGUUAGAAGCACCGAGUCGGCGGGGCGGGACUGGUGUCAAAGUGAAGGUUUCCGGUCCUUUUCUGGUCUGGAGGUUGAAGAUCCGCCUUCCCCAUGUCGAGGUUCUGGUUUCAAAGACCCGAUGGAGGACGCUGUCCAUCCUCAGCCUCGCAUGGGAGACACUGAAUCAGGAGAUGGUUUGGGAGCUCCACCAGCCUCUGGGAGGAGGCUGGAUGAUGUUGGUGCACCAGAUGGAGAGGCCGCUGAGGGCUUGGUCAUCAGUCCAAAUGUGAAGGAGCUCACUACCAACAACAACAACAACAAGAAGCUCCUAACAUCCGACUGCUGCGAUGGUCCUUCCCACGCCUACAUGACUCCACGGGUGCUUCCUGGUCAGCCGCUGGAGUCGGACCCAGGCAGAACUCAUUGGUUGUCUGACGGGUUUCAGAGGUCCGACGUUGUACGGAGAUCCAGCUGUGGGUCUGAAGAGGCGUGGACCCGUCCUACUGACGAUGUUCCAGAGGUCUGGGAUCUAAACGUUCCUGUGGUUCUAGAUACCGGUUCUGGUUUGAUGAAAGCAGGAUUUGCAGAUCAAGAUGGGCCAAAAACUGUAUUCCCAAAUAUUAUAGGAGUUCCAAAAUAUGAGGAAAUCAUGAACGGUAACCCAGAGGGGGGUGUCUACGUCGGCCAUGACGCUCAGCACAUGAGGGGGGUCCUGGCCCUGAAGCACCCCAUACAGAAUGGGAUCAUCAGCAGCUGGGAUGACAUGGAGAAGAUCUGGCACCACACCUUCCAGCUGAUGGGGGUGGAGCCAGAAGAACAUCCUGUUCUGCUGACCGAGGCAGCCAUGAACCCCCUGGAGAACCGGCAGCGCAUGGUGGAGAUCAUGUUUGAGAGCUUCAACGUUCCUCUGACCUACGUGGCCAUGCAGGCGGUGCUGGCCCUCUACGCUACAGGGAGAACCACGGGAGUGGUGUUUGACUCUGGAGACGGGGUGAGCCACAGCGUCCCUGUGUUUGAGGGCUACUGCUUGCCUCAUGCUGUGCAGCGCUUCCCACUGGCCGGUGUGGACGUUACAACGCAGCUCAAAAAACUCCUGCAGGAACAGGGUGUUAGCAUGUGCACGUCGGCAGAGAACGAGAUCGCCAGAGAGAUAAAGGAGAGGUGCUGCUGUGUUGCUCUCGACUACCAAGCUGCAGAGUCAUCCUGCAGAGAGAUGCAUUACACCAUGCCAGACGGACAGAUCGUCACCCUCAGAACAGAACGCUUCAGGGCUCCAGAGAUUCUGUUUAAACCUCAGCUGAUUGGACGUGAACAUUAUGGGAUGCAUGAGAGCAUCUCCAAGUCAAUCCAGAAGUCCGACAUUGACCUGCGGCGCAGCCUCCUGGGGAACAUCGUUUUGUCAGGUGGGAACACUCUGCUGCCUGGCCUCCCGGAGCGGCUCCAGGCUGAAAUCAAAGCUCUUGUUCCUGCAGAGGUGGGCGGGGCCAUCAGAGUCACCAGCCCCAAAAACAGGGACUGCCUAGUGUGGAGGGGUGGGGCGGUUCUGGCUAACCUGCCCACCUUCAGCUCUGCAUGGAUCAGUCAGAAGGAAUAUGAGGAGAAUGGACCUCGGAUCGUCUUCAGAAAGUGUUUUUGAGCUGAGCUGCUGUGCCCUGACCCUCAGAGCCGCGUGGACGCUCCUGUGGAUCUGCUGGAACAUGAAGACUUUUCUGAAUCUGAGAGGAGAGACUGGCAUGAAGAGUUUCUCUUGAUUUUAAGUGUUUUUAGGACCCCCCCAGUCUUUGUGUUUAUAACCUACCAUCAGUUACAACCUAAAUGUGUCGGAUGGUGAAAGCAGGAAGCUGCUCAUCACGUGAUGUCACAGAUCUAUUGGUCCGGUUUGACAGUGUGUUAACCCUGUAUGAGUGAGUCAUGUGACCUGUAACUCAGCUGUGACUAAUGUCAGUUAUCUCACACUGGUUUUUGUCAUAAAUAAAUAUUUUACUUAUA